AAUCAAGAUCGUCUCCCCUGUUGCUCCUACAGCUCGUACGUUCAAUAUAACACCCAGAUGGAUCCUGAUGAAACGCUAUUCCUGGCUCACGUGUCUUCGUCCCUUGUGCAUUGGUCAACUCGGACUCCAAAUGCUCCGGCAAUCUUCGGUGGUCCAUCGCUUUAACUCGUCUAAUUUCAUUUUACAAUUAGGCCGUCAAUGGGCCGGCAGUGGACGGCGCCAUCAGAGUAUAUCACGACCAGUCCGCAGCGACGUGGUGUGAUCUGGUAGCACAAGUUGGUAGCCUAAAUGAACCUAAAAUCCGAUCUACACACUCUGCAGCGGCGUGUGAAGAACUUGAAAAUUUGCCCCGUGGAAUUAUAAAUCCAUCUGGUCGGCGUAAAAUCUGCUGGGAUGCAUUUGUUUGUUGUUGUGUUGUCUAUCUCACUAUGACAAUGCCAUAUUCCAUGGGGUUCAAUGCCGAGGCAAGUUGUCACAUCCUGGGUGGCCUUCAUCUAUCAGACAAGCCAUGGCGAGCAUGCAUUAGAUUUGGCAUAGAUUUUGUGGUUGACCUAAGCUUUUUGCUAGAUAUGUUUUUUUCGUGCUUCACUGCAUAUCAAACCCCAACAGGAGCUCUGGUAGGAGACCCAUGGAAGAUUGGUGCGCAUUAUCUCAUUCAGUGGCACGGUUUUCCAGUUGACUUUAUUUCUACGCUGCUGCCAUACAUCCUAAGAUUUUGUAAUAUUAAGGCCACUCUAACUAAGAUUACUAAAUUUGUCCGUGUAAUCCGAUUGUCCAAGCUUUUUAAACUCACUCGCCUCAUGAGGCUCCGAAGCAAGAAGAAUAAUCCUACGGAAGAGCCGUCUCUCCUCUUUCAGCCCGGUUUCGUGUCUGCAGUUCGUAUGCUCCUCACUCUUUUUGUAAUAGCCCAUAUGCUCUGUUGUGUACACUAUUGUGUCGCAGCAAUUAUGUAUGUGAGGUGAAUAAGGCAGCAAUUAUUUGUGUAGGUCUGGUAUUGGCUGGUUGUUCUUCAACACCAGCGGGGGGACCCAAAGCGCGUGAGACACUGGGUGAAUGCAAACUCUCUCCCCCUGAAAACAACUCGCUACAAAUACCGUGUCGCACUCUACUGGGCCUUUACAACAAUGACGACGGUGGGUUAUGGAGACAUCGCGAUUGUAAACAACACGGAAAGACUCGUCGCGAUGUUUGCAAUGAUUGUGGGCGGCGCAUGCUUUGGUUACAUCAUUGGUGGUGUUACCUCAAUCCUGGAAAAUCUUGAUCUCUCAUCAAAGACUCACAAUGAGAAGAUGGACGCAGUCGAAGAGUACCUAUAUGACCGACAGUAUCCCCCAGUACUCGCCGCUCAAAUCAAAAGGCACUUUAAUAACAUUUUUACGACGGACGGAAUCUUCGACAUGCAAGAUAUUCUAGAGGUGCUUCCAGCAACAACGGCCAAUGACUUGGUAUAUACAUGCUAUAAUCAGUUGGUUUACAACACAUCAUUUUUCCAGGGAGCUCAUUGUGAGUUUAUUGUCGCAGUUGCUCCAAAUCUAUUACCAUGCAAUGCCAAUGACGGCGAGUUUCUUUUUUUCGAGGGCUCAGUUGGAACCCAUUUAUUUGUAAUUGGCUCCGGUGUUGUUUCUAUUCUAUUGACUGCACUUGAUGUCAAUUCUGUUGGUCAUUAUGAUCUUACUCGAUUAACAACGCUGUCUGGAGAGCUGUCUGGAGAUGCUUCAGAUAAUAUACGCAUUCCAUCUCCCGUCGGUUUUUGUUGUGGCACCUUUAGUGCGGGACAGAUUCUUGGUGAUGUAGCCAUAUUGCUCACAUUAAUCAACCCGUUUUCUGCUUAUGUGCAGCACAAGGCAAUUUUGUAUUCUAUCAAGAAGGAAGUCCUACUUGGGGCGUUAACGGGCCACGAUCCCUUUCGCACUGACCUCAUGCAGGUUGCCUCUGAAGCUCACAAGCAAAUAUGUAAUCGUCGUUCUCGACUCAAUGGAUCACCUUCUACUAUGAUGGGAGGGGCGAAUAUUGAAAAAAAUGAGGAGUCUCCAUUUGUUGCAACUUCAGGAUAUGUGAAUGCGCAUCGUGGUUUUGGUUCAAAUAGUAACAAUGCGGCAGUCCUUGAGAUAUCUUCGCUUGAUUUCUGUUGCCAGCACUGGAUCAUUCACCCAGAACUCCCAGCAAAAGUGACAUGGGACGCCCUGAUUUGUUUCUUCAUCAUUUACUCUAUAGUUGCAAUCACCUACACAAUUUGUUUUGAAAUCAUAGAGCGACCCUGCUCGCCGCCAACAAAUAUUUGGAUGGGUCAUUGCUGUGUCUUGAAAAAUAGUGAUUUAUGAGUUUUCCGUAGGCAUGAACCUCUGCAUAGACGUUUGCUUUGGUUUGGAUAUGAUCCUUUCAUUCCAAACGGCAUACUUUGAUAAGAGUCAAACAUUAGUAUUCUCACGGAAACUUAUUAUAAGAAAGUACACCUCGGGCUGGUUGCCAAUUGACCUGGUGUCAACAGUCCCCUUUGAUAAAUUGGUAAAAGUGGCAGCGUGAAUUAAGUUUGCAAAAUAAUAAUUGCACUGGGCAUUAGGCAAACUGUGUAUUUAAGAGAAGAAAUGCAGGUUUUAGGGCAAUUAAGUUGUUCCGCGCAAUGCGCCUUGUGCGAUUGGCCAAAAUUCAGCAGAAGCUUAAGCUCGGAGAGCUCGCUGAGCAUGUUGAAGAUAAUCUUGGGAUAAAUCCCUCCAUCUUAAAGCUUCUCAAGCCCCUUAUUGUUAUGGGCGCAGUUGCGCAUGCUCUGACAUGCAUUUUCUUUCGGGCCUCCCGGAGAAUGCGUCAAUCCAAAAAGCGACCCACACAAUAUUUGACAACGAUGUAUUGGGCUUUUGCUACGAUGACUACAGUCGGAUACGGAGAUGAGAAACCCUCCUUGAAUAGUGCAAGCAGCCUCAUCGUCACCAUAGUCUCCCAGGUCUUAGGUACCAUGAUUUUUGCGUAUGUCAUUGGGAUACUUGUUAGUAUAGUGACGAAUCUUGAUCAGGCAAAGAGGCAAUUGCAGGCAGAAAAAAGCUAUCUUUCUGAUUUUCUCUGUGAAAUCCAUUCCAUCUCUCCAACUUCGGAGCUCCUCCUUCGUGUACGUCGCAAUCACCAUCACUUUCUUCUGAUUAGCGGCGUAUUUGAUGAGAGAAGAAUAGUGGAUUUAUUUCCUCCUCACAUGCAAACUGUGUCUACAGUUUAUGUCCAUCGUGCCGUACUUCCUUAUUUACCUUUAUUCUCAACAAUUGAAAAAAAGUACAUGGGGGCCGUGGCUAUUAUUCUCAGAAGUCUAAGACCGGCUAGUUACUCUAGCGGCCAAAUUAUCAACUCUGCCCGAAUCUCUGCACGCGAGCUUCAUUUCAUAGUGAAAGGUUCAGUAAAUGUGCUGUACACAACUUGCGCAAGCAAGUGUGCCACGGACACGAUUUCUGACGAAAUGUACGGUCCCCAGACAUUUUUUGGUGAUGCUAUGAUACUCACGCCCACUGAAAAGCGGGUCAGGUUAAAGAUUCGCAUCGUUUGCAGCAGUCGUUCUUGUCAUUGUUUUGUAUUCUGCAAGAGUGACUACAAUACCUUGCGUGAUGCCUAUUCGCUAGUUGCACAGGCAAUAGACGAACAGCUCGAUCCAUCUUACAUCAAAAGAUGGAUUAGAUGAUGUCACAACGGACUAUCUCCCUAAGCGGAUUGUUUUUUCCACAAUGACCGGCUGAGUAUCACCGCUUCGCGGUAUCACCUCCUCUCCGCAGACCACACAGCCAGGCCUCCUCUAAACAACGUGUGUUAUUGCUGCUGCUAGCAUCCGCUUUCAAGGUUCCCGGGCAAUAACGGCCUGGAGCUACGGCCGUGCGUGUGAGCGCUGGAGUUUAACAAACGGGUGUUGCUGUUUUUUUCCUUCGCCGUAAUCAGAGAGUAGUUGCAAUUGCCUAUUUUGUAGAUGUCAUGUAUUUUGUCCCCCUGUGAUUGCGGUAAUUGAAAAACUACCACGAUCUCCUAUACCGUGACACUCUCAAGGGCCGCUGCAGGGGCAACCCGCGGGGGGAUUCUCUCGGUGAUUCGUACGCCAACUACAUCGCCGUGGCUGGAUCCGCCGGUUCUCUGCCGAGUCGGACGCGGCGCCGGGGCGGCUCCGGGCGACAUGCGGCGCGGGGGUGGGGGGCGAUUAUCGCUAGUCCGCAGCAUGACAACAGCAGCGCCGCGGCGAGCUUCAUGACCACAACAUUUUGCGUGGGGCUUCGGCGCGUCCUAUGGAUCUGUGCGGACCGCUUGGUCGCUUGAUUCAAGUCCCAGUAGUAUAAUAGGGAUUUUGUGUAUACUUUAUGUUCCCUU